AUGGUCUUUGAUGUCAUUUUAGACACGUCUUACCACGAAAUACCCCAUGAUCACAUUGCCUACCGCUAUGAGUGCAUCCAGUCACUGGGAAAGGGCAGUUUCGGCAAUGUCAUUUUGGCAAUCGACCACAAGACAGGCACUAAGUGUGCUAUCAAGGUCGUUCGUCGUGAUAUUCGAUUCACAACACAGGCCAAAAUCGAAAUCUCGAUCCUCGAACUACUUCAGAAAGCCAACCCUUUUCCAGCGGGUGCCAGUGAAAGGUUUCCGAUCGUCAGAUUGAUAGAACACUUUAUGUUCCGCGAGCACAUGUGCCUGAGUUUUGAGCUGCUUGGCUGCUCGCUCUACGAUCUGAUAAAAGACAAGAAAGACCAGGGUCUACCAAGGGAUCGCGUCCGACGUCUGAUGGCCUCGGUGUUGGAGGGGCUCACGUACAUCUGGAACGCCGGAAUCAUACACUGCGACCUCAAGCCCGAGAACGUCCUUCUCGUUAGCCAAUCAGCUGACGGCGGACCCGAUGAGAUACGAGACUUCGUAAAAAUUAUUGAUUUUGGGUCUUCCUGCUUCAUCGGCAAGCAAUGCUACCCUUACAUUCAGUCUCGGUUCUAUAGGGCACCCGAGGUUAUCAUGCGACUUGAAUAUGGUCAGCCAAUUGACGUCUGGAGUUUCGGAUGCUUGGUUUUCGAAAUGAUUCGUGGUUACCCGCUCUUCCCUGGUGAAGACGAGUUCGAUCAGUUGGCCUGCAUGAUGGAGAAGCUGGGACUGCCACCGCGUCAGAUGAUAAUGCCGUCUCGUGUGUUCUCUAGGUACUUCUACGAAUCGGACGGCAGUCGACGGUACUACACCACGGUGGACAAACAGACAGUCAUCACUAUAAUUCCGCAUUACUGCACCACAUACCAGAAUAUGGAUGGAAGCAUUGAACUGCGUCAGAACCUGUCAAAGAAGACACGGCGUCUGCGUAAGCCCCCGGGUGCCGUUCCAGUGGCUCAAGCGCUCGUCAGCACCCUGUCGCAUAGCAGCGGAAAGCACAAUGAUUACACGCCAACACGCUCCGAAGAAGUCGAUAACGUCCACGUGGUGAAACUGAUUGAGGCGUGUCUGCGGUGGAUACCGGGGGAGAGGAUUUCGCCAGACCAAGCGAAGGCUUUCUCGUGGUUCAGCUACAAGACCUCUAACGCUGCCAACAAAAGUCUAUCCUCCCUGCUGACCAAGUCGUCCAACAACCUGAAUUUGUUGACGGAAUCGGAGAAGCGUUCCAGGGUGGCGGGUCCAGCUCCUCACGUCGCGGAGAGCUUAAAACCGCGUAACAUUCCCUCACCAUUGCCAAAUAUUGUUCCAGCUGCUCCAAUGCCUGUGGUUGCAGCAACUGCGCCCGUGACAGUGGACAAUACGCAUCCAAAUGUCACCACCACAAUAAUACUCCCGCCUUCGCAGGUUUUAUCGAGCAGUAAGAAGAAGAUAUCCGUAACUUCCAUUUCACCGCCAGCUUCUGUAAACAUCCGACGACAGGGUUCGUCAGCGUCAAUUUCUUCCGGGGAGAAUAAGCAAGAGGAACGGGUGAUUUAUGCGCGCGGUUACAAACCACCCAGUCACAAGACAUCGGUCGUCGAGUACGCCAACCACAAUCGCGACCAUAUGGAGAAGAAGAUCUCUGACAUCUCACUGACUUCGUUGUGUUCUAGCAUUGAGGAUAGUGCGCCGUGGCAGACAGAGAGUUCGCGCUACGCCAGAAGACUUGGCGUGCAAAUCGGCGACAGGUAUCAGGACUCGAGCGCGCGUCUGCGGAAACGCAAUCAGAGCGUGGAGCCCAAACGACACACACAGCCUGUCGGAACGGAGGUGUUAGUAAAGGAGCACAACGCAGUGCCCAAUAAGUCCCUGAUUACGUGCAAGACGGCGACAAUGAGCCCAUCGCCAGACGACCGAUUCCAGUCUAACGGACGUCAUAAUCCCCACGUCCUAGCAAAGACGUCGCAGUUAGAUCUCACGUUGGAGGAUCCGCGGCAUGGCAAACAGUCAUCACCGGAGGAAUGCAGUAGCAUCAGUGCGUCCAAGACGCGUCAGCCGAUAUCCGCCAAGUCGGAGAUGUUGGCUGUUGAUGGUAGAAUGGGUCUACCGAAGGUUAGGUCUAUGGGGGAAUUUCGUAAUUCCGCAUCCAGCAGUGUUUCACGAAACACCUCUGAUGAGUCAGAGGAGUCGAUAAAGAAGCCCAUAUCUGAGAUGGUGCCGCGUUCAGCGCGUCAAAAAACGCAAGUUUUUAAAGAGGUCAUCUACGAACCCAGUUUGUCCAGUUCUGAACCGCGACUGAUUCCACAGCAGUCGCGGGAAUUUCAGUUCACAAAACAGCCUUUCACGCGAAAUCCGGUCCCACGCGAAGUCACCGCGAGAAGAAAGCAGCCACACACGGAUCAUAGACGGCGACGCCUACCGAGCAAGGCCACAUCUGCUAGUCAUCUUAAUGACCUAUCAAAUGCAUCGAACUCCAGGGAGGUCGUUUCUAGCCCACGUGUACACAACGGUCGGUUAAAUUCCACAUUGCAAUCCAUACUGAUGGUUAAACCGCAAACCUAG